GGGUGAUCGAUAAUAUCACCUUCUGUGUGCGUGCCUGGGAAGGCUCGCCUGUUUUGAGCCUACAAGUCAGUGUUUAGGGCCAACUGCCCGUGUUGGUAUUAGAAACAUGGCGGAAAGCGAGUUGAACGUUGACAGCAUAAUCUCUCGGUUGCUGGAAGUGCGAGGAUGUCGUCCAGGGAAGGUGGUACAGAUGACAGAGGCUGAGGUGCGGGGGCUCUGCAUCAAGUCCAGAGAGAUUUUUCUCAGUCAGCCGAUCCUGCUCGAACUGGAGGCUCCACUCAAAAUCUGCGGUGAUAUCCACGGACAGUAUACAGACUUGCUGAGGCUAUUCGAGUAUGGAGGCUUCCCUCCAGAGGCCAACUAUCUGUUCUUGGGGGAUUACGUAGACAGAGGGAAGCAGUCUUUGGAGACCAUCUGCCUGCUGCUCGCCUACAAGAUCAAAUACCCAGAAAACUUCUUCUUGCUCAGGGGGAACCACGAGUGUGCUUCCAUCAACCGUAUCUACGGCUUCUAUGACGAGUGCAAGCGCAGGUUCAACAUAAAGCUCUGGAAGACCUUCACAGACUGUUUUAAUUGUCUGCCCAUUGCUGCGAUUAUCGAUGAGAAGAUUUUCUGCUGCCAUGGAGGUCUCUCACCUGAUCUACAGUCCAUGGAACAAAUUCGACGCAUUAUGAGACCCACUGAUGUCCCAGACACAGGCUUGCUGUGUGACCUGCUGUGGUCAGACCCAGACAAAGACGUCCAGGGCUGGGGAGAGAAUGAUCGGGGAGUUUCCUUCACCUUUGGGGCUGACGUGGUCAGCAAGUUUCUCAACCGUCACGACCUGGAUCUCAUCUGCCGAGCACAUCAGGUUGUUGAAGACGGCUAUGAAUUCUUUGCCAAACGACAGCUGGUGACGCUGUUCUCUGCCCCCAACUAUUGCGGGGAGUUUGACAACGCAGGGGGUAUGAUGAGUGUGGACGAGUCCCUUAUGUGCUCCUUUCAGAUCCUGAAGCCGUCAGAAAAAAAAGCAAAGUACCAGUAUGGUGGGGUGAAUUCAGGGCGCCCUGUCACCCCGCCUCGCACCACUCAGGCACCGAAAAAGAGGUGAGCGGCUGGCCCUGACUCUCCUGCUCCUCCUCCUCCUCCUCCCCCUCCCCCCUGGCUGGUCUCUGGUCCACCUCCCUGCAGGCUGCCUCAAACACUCCAGCCUUCUCUCAGUCAGCUUGUUCGUGUGUAAACAACAACUCCAGGAGUGUUUUUUGCUUGUUCUGUGGGUAUUUUUUCAAUUUUUUUAAUGCCAUGGUAUAUAUUAACUCAACCCUCUGCUACUCAGUCCAUUCAGCAAUAUUAAAACUAAACUCUUGUGGAAUGGGCAAGAUGUUAAGAAAAGAUGCUUCUCUGCCUUCCAGGCACAAUUUCCAUUGUGAUUGUGUAAAUGCAUGCACUCUUGUGAGAUUGAGAUGGGUUCUUUGCCCUUGCCAAUGAAAAAUCCUUAAAUUCUCACAGACAACAGGGCAAAGCGUUUCUUGUCUCAAGUUCAUGUAAUUAACCUAAUUACUGCCAUUACCCCCUUCUGUAUAGGCUUAAGUAGUACACUGCUUAAAGGAAUAGAUUUUGGGAGUUACAUGAGAAGAUCAAUACCACUCUCAUGUCUGUCAAAUAUGAAACUAAUACCAGCAACCAGCUAACUUAGCUUAGCACAAAGGCUGGGAAUGGGAAGCAGCUGGCCUGGUUCUACAGAAUCCACUUAAUGGAUUAAACAAAGUGUAAAAACAAAAAAAAACUAUUUUUCAUGUUUGAUAGUUUUUUGGCAAGGACCUGUUGCCACACAACCAGCAGAAACUUCAGGGAGAAAUAGUCAGGCACAUAACCUCCUUUGUUUUUGUACAGAUUAAACUAACAAGCUAUAAUGUGUUAUUUACGGAGCUUCAGAAAUUCUAGUAAGUUGAUUUUGUUAUCUUUGGACAGAGCCAGGUUACUAAUUUCCUGUUUCUUAUAGUCUUUAGACUAUACUAAGCUAGGUUAGCAGGCAGCUGGCUGCAGAAUCAUAUUUAACAGACAGACAUGGGUCUUCACAAAAAAUCGACGAAGAAAAUUUCCCAAAAUGUUAAAUUUUUAUUCAAAGAGUUGCCCUUGGAGUAACUUUGUGUUUUUCUCCCCAUGGAGAUAUCAAAAAAAGUGCAAUCAGUAUUGCUAGCCAUAUGCAAGCAAACAUUUGUAAAGGCCAUUGUAGCCUAUUUGAACUUUAAAAGACACAACCAAGCUAUGCUGUACUUUUACUAGGGCAUUAAUACGCAGUAUGCUCUACAUGAGUGUUUCCAAUCUCUUCUCCUUAAACGCCAAACUCUGAAACUUUCUUAUCCCUCACAUCACCGAAGGAGCUUUUGUGUUUGUUAAAGAGCAGCAUACAAGUUUCACUUUCAGUUCUGACGUGAAUUCAAUGUAUGUGGAAAAUGUGGGAAUUAAACAUCAGUGAGCACCUUGUGUCCUUUAGUCUGGUAAGUACAGUAGAUGUGUAGAACAGUAGAGAUACGUAUGUCGCUGCAGGAGAAGAUGGUGUGUAAAAGAAGUGUGAAGAACACGGCCACAGAACCUGACGUACAGUACAGGAUUAAAAAAUAGUUAUCACCUUUUAUAUUUCUUAAGUUGUUGCAGCUCAAAAAGCUCUUUAUUCUUCACAGCAGUAGAUGUCGACCUCCCACACUAAACAUUGUUGCACUUCAGUCAUCGCAUGUCAUUGUAAAAAAGGUAAAAAUCAUCAAGUCAAUGGCAUUUGUUGUCGGCGUCACGCCAGUUAUAUUACAGCAUUCCCACUUGGUGGUUAUUGACUUAAGUAAAUCAUUUCUAACUGACUAAUAAACAUUUAACCGAUGUAUUUUUAUUUAAAUCUUACCUUUUACCUUGUAAAUCUAUUGGUCUUCAAGUUGGAAACGGUAUGUAAAGGCGUUUUGAGAUUUGUAAGAGUUGGUUUAAAACAAGUGAAAUAAAUGGAUGUGCUGUGGAGCCUGA